ACCGCGCGCGGAAUAAACGCGUGACACCGAUGUAAACGGCAAGGGUGGACCGGGGGCAAAAAAGGAAAAGGGGGAUCCCCCGAUUUCGUACCCCCGAUAUUUCAGCUAGUUCGCCGUCGAAAGCGAACUCCCGAUUCCAGUUCUGAGCGGGCCGGCUGAGCACUCGCAUCGCCAUUCGGAGACGCGUCCCGAAACAGGCAUCGAAAGUUGACAGAAAACAUCGGGAACAGGAAACGAGCAUCCACCGAGGCGAGAGACGAAAGACGUUCCUCGUAGCCGGAACCGUUUUUCACGCAGGGGCGAAACGCAAAAGCGUGGAUUCCUUUUCGGGGGAGAACGUGAUCGAUGAUCGUAUCGCGGCUAACUCCGCCAGGAUCAAGAGAGGUCAGUUCUUGAUCGAUUCCUGUCGCUGGAUUCCACGAGUCCGGAGUGUAUUUCACGCCGAGAGGACGAGCUUCGCUCCCAGAAAUGCCGCCCGUUUGAACUCUAAUCGAGCUGUUGCGCGAAGGAUCAAGAGUGCGCCAGUGACAGUGCGUAGAAUUCUCGCCGGGAAAAGUUCCGAAUUCGUCGUUUCUCUCGUGCGACUAUUUACCCUGCCCAUAAGUUUCCUGUCCGCAUCGGCAAGGAUCGUCUUGCCGCCGGGGUAACUCGCGAGAAACCAGCGAAACAGCGAGAGGAAGAAGAAGGAAGAAGGAGGAGAAGAAGAGGAGAAAGAAAAGAAGAGAUCGUGAUAUACCGGGAACCUCUGCUACCCGAAAGACAGUGUCCUCAGAUCGAAGAUUGUUUCGAAACAGAAGCUCUGUUAUGUAUUCGCGGUAGUUGCGCGAGGUGUGGAGGAACACGCGAGAAAGGAAACCGGAAGCGACGGAACUACUUCAAGGCCAGGUGACGGAGACCUAAUACAAAAUGACGGAGGCAUCGAGAGAACCGGAACUCGGGGAUCCCGAAAACCCUGACAAAACCGCGUUAAAUCUGACGUCCAGCAAACAGAAGCCACUACCAGAACGUGGUACAUGGAGCACCAAAUUAGAUUUUAUUUUGAGCGUGGUUGGCUUGGCGAUUGGUUUGGGAAACGUUUGGAGAUUUCCGUAUCUCUGUUACAAAAAUGGCGGCGGCGCUUUUUUAAUACCAUACUUCUUGACGCUGGUGCUCGCCGGGAUCCCGAUGUUCUUCAUGGAGCUAGCCCUUGGUCAAAUGCUUACCGUCGGUGGCCUCGGUGUUUUCAAGAUAGCGCCGCUUUUCAAAGGCAUCGGUUAUGCCGCCGCUGUCAUGUCCUGCUGGAUGAACGUCUAUUACAUUGUCAUCCUUGCUUGGGCAAUCUUCUACUUCUUCAUGUCUAUGCGAAGCGAGCUGGCCUGGGGAAGCUGCAACAAUUCCUGGAACACGAAGUACUGUGUGAAUCCUUACGACAGGGACUCGUUGCCAUGCUGGGGCAAAGCGACCAGGCAUCAUAAGGCCGUCAGCAUUGUCCAGAUAUGUACUGUGAACGGCGUUAACAUGACGGUCGCGGACCUCACCGACCCUGUGAAAGAGUUUUGGGAGCGACGGGCGCUCCAGAUCAGCGAUGGUAUAGAGCAUGUAGGGAAUAUCCGUUGGGAACUGGCUGGUACCCUACUUUUGGUCUGGAUCCUCUGUUACUUCUGCAUUUGGAAGGGUGUAAAGUGGACCGGAAAAGUCGUUUACUUCACCUCACUUUUCCCGUACGUCUUGUUAACGAUCCUUCUGAUUCGCGGGAUCACCCUGCCUGGUGCCAUGGAGGGCAUUCGAUUCUACAUUAGUCCGAAUCUCUCGAAAUUAAGAGAGUCGGAGGUCUGGAUAGACGCGGUCACCCAAAUCUUCUUCUCCUAUGGCCUAGGCUUGGGCACGUUGGUGGCUCUUGGUAGUUACAAUAAGUUCACGAAUAACGUCUACAAGGACGCUUUGAUAGUGUGUUCGGUGAAUUCGUCAACCAGCAUGUUCGCCGGUUUCGUGAUAUUCUCUGUAGUGGGCUUCAUGGCCCACGAGCAGCAGAAACCGGUUGCAGAAGUAGCCGCUUCCGGUCCGGGAUUGGCCUUCUUGGCUUAUCCUUCCGCGGUUCUUCAGCUCCCGGGAGCGCCAUUAUGGUCUUGCUUGUUCUUCUUCAUGCUUCUACUUAUUGGCUUGGAUUCGCAGUUUUGCACCAUGGAAGGAUUCGUUACUGCCAUGGUUGACGAGUGGCCACAGUUGCUUCGACGACGCAAGGAAAUUUUCAUAGCGAUCGUAUGCGUGCUGUCUUACAUUAUAGGACUCUCCUGUAUAUCCCAAGGUGGCAUGUACGUCUUCCAGAUCCUCGACUCGUACGCCGUUUCCGGAUUUUGUCUUCUAUUCUUAAUCUUCUUCGAGUGUAUCUCGAUAAGUUGGGCAUUCGGCGUCGAUCGAUUUUAUGACGCUAUCAGAGACAUGAUUGGAUAUUAUCCCCUGAUGUGGUGGAAACUUUGUUGGACGUUCACCACUCCCUUGAUUUGUGUAGGAGUCUUCAUCUUUAAUUUGGUACAAUGGACACCUGUGAAGUAUUUAGAUUAUGAAUAUCCGUGGUGGUCCCAUGUCCUCGGCUGGAUAACGGCCUUAUCAUCCAUGCUGUGCAUACCUGGUUAUAUGCUCUAUGCCUGGAAGACAACGCCAGGAGACGUCUUAACGAAAUUCAAGCUGCUGGUACGAAUAGAAGAUGACGUAGCAAGUCUGCGAAUGAAAAUGGGCCAACCGUCGCUCGAAUUGACACCCCUUUAACUGCCGCCGACCUUCCUCAACACCGAAAGGAAUCAAUCGUUUUGAUUUUUACUAUUUCUCCCUGACUAUCAUUAAUUUAACGGGUUAACCAACGUAACAGUGUCAUUUUUAUGCUAUCACUUCCCGUGUAAUUCCUCGUAGGAGCGUCGUUUUUCGUCGACGCAAGGUGUGGACGUUCUUAUGUUCCGCGAUUCGAGCAAUAACCGUAUUAUUCGAAUGGGAUAUUGUUCUUUACCCUUUUUUGUAUCAUUGCUAAUUGACUAGGUAACUGUUAGAUUGUGGUUCGCAGGAUAGGGUGUUCUCCUUAAAAGAAGAAAAAAAAUCUACGAAACGACUAAAGUGUUCAGAAAUCGCAUCUAGUAUAUUAACGUAAGUGUAUCGUUAGUUGUAUUUAUAUAAGUACAAGAAAUCCUCGGUAUACGCGAAUAGUUCGCAAACAGUUGUAAUUAUUAUUAUUAUUAUUAUUAUUAUUAUUAUUAUUAUUACUAUUAUUAUUUAUUAUCAGACUGCGGUCAUUUUGUCCAGGAACAGGCUUUCAUGAACUAGUUUACUGAUUUAGAUUUCAAGUAACACGAAAACUCUUUUGAAUUUUAUAUAUAUUUGUUUACUUAGCUCCACUUUAAACAGCCACGCGUGCUGUAAUUGCAUAAAAUCCGCAGUCUAAAUAUCAUUAUCAAUGUCUUUAUUAAAAGAUCAUGAAAUCUCGAAGCUAUUCGCGUAAGCCUGGUCACAUGUAGCUACUAACUUAUUUUAGUGGUAUCGGGCAUGUACGAUAAAAGAAACUAACUGCACAUUUUGAAUUUUAGUUACAAAACAUACGUAUUUGUGCUGCCAUAAUUAUCACUAGGCUGCGGAUGUUUAUGAGAAAGGAAAUUUUCGUUCAUCGAUUUUUGAAGGCGAGCGAUUUGAUCCUCCACUCCUUUGGAAGCAAAAAUAAUUAUUUGCAAAAUUAGCAAAACACAUUUUUUAAUUUUAUUAUUGCGCUUUGUAUAUGCAAAUAUGUUAUAAACGCAUAAAAUUCGUAGUCUUAUUUGUUACAUUUGAUCGUCGAAUUGAACGUUGAGCUGCGAUGCUUUCUUCGUCUCACCUAUAAAAAAAUAUGAAAAUCGAUGUCACGUCUUACACACAAUUGUCCGAAGAUGUUCGUGCAAAUGUGCAAAUCGUAGACUUGUGUAGAAUCGAUAUGGUAGUAGAUAUCCAUUAUACUGUUAAUAAGAAGUCAUUAUCGACCCGUAUUAGAUUAGUCGAUAAAUAUUUAAAAUGUUUUUCGGACGAAACUCAACUGUAUAUUUAAUUAAAAAUUACUAUUAUUAGCCGCCUGAAUAGUAGCUAUUAAAGUUACACACAUCGAAAAAGGAAAAUAGAAGAGAAGAAUCUGUACGACGAAAUUUUUUUUGGUAAAUAAAGAUUAUCAUUAAAAAUC